AUGAACCCUAUAAAAGCUUGCCUCGAAGUACUCCAAACAACCUCUUCAAUACUAGCAACUCCAACCAACUCCAACCUUCGCGCUCUUCACUCUUCAAAUGCUGUUGACAACUCCCGACGACAGGAUCGUGUUCCCGGUCAAGGAGGACUCGCCGCCGGAGCCGCUCGUGGAGCUGAAGAUCGAGAACAAAGGAGACACGAUCCAGCUCUACAAAGUCAAGUGCACGAACAAUGAGCUCAUCAAGAUCCGGCCCCCUGUCGGCAUUCUGAAACCUGGAAGCUCGGCGACGGUUAGGCUUCUUCUCCUGACCAAGGAAGACCUGCCAGAGGACGACCGCCAAUACGUCGCGGUCUACAACCACGACACCGAAGACUCGAACACGAAGGCGCGAAUGCAGUGGGACAUGGUCAAGAAGGAGCAGGGCAUCAAACGUCUCUACGUGCGCUUCGAACGCGAAUAGGACGGAAGCGGAAGAUGCGUGAUGAUCAUGAAGUGCCACUGUGAUUGCCAUGUAGAAAAGAUUCUCACCCUUGUGAUAUAUUCCCACUGUAUAUUGUGUCCUAUAUGUUGUGCAAUCACU